UUUAUUUCUUUUCCAGCGCUCUGUGCUUCUAGUGGCAGAAGUCUGAAAUUUAUCAAUACCAAGUGGCAACCGAUAUUAGCACGUUUCAAACAAUUUGUCUCGUGUUUUCCUUUAGCGUACUACAUCAGCUCGGAAAAAAGUGCUCGAGACAAAUCGAGACAAUGACAGAAACAAUUGAAAGUGGAAGUCCAGAAACUACCAAAAAUGAAAAAAUUGGACACACUAUGGACUCUGAAGAAACCUGGUCUGCUGCAAAUUCCAAAAAAAGGAAAAGUGAUAAAAUGGAAGUUGAUAAAAAUAGCAGACCUCAUUUCCCCCCUGCCAAAAAAGUUAUGGAAGAUAUAGUGGAAAUGCGAAAAAUUCCGGUUCCUCCUAAUAGGUACACACCUUUGAGAGAAAACUGGGAAAAAAUAUUUUCUACUGUUGUACAACAUUUAAAUCUACAUAUCAGAUUUAAUUUAAAAACAAGGAUGGUAGAAAUACGAACAUGUAAAGAAACAAAAGAUAUUAGUGCUUUGCAAAAAGCAGCUGACUUUGUUCGAGCAUUCACAUUGGGCUUUGAAGUUGAUGAUGCUCUGGCAUUGGUGCGGUUGGAUGAAUUAUUUCUUGAAUCUUUUGAUGUCAAAGAUGUUAAAACUCUGCAUGGCGACCACUUAUCAAGAGCUAUUGGCCGUAUUGUUGGGAAGAGUGGGAAAACUAAAUUUUCAAUUGAAAAUGCAACAAAGACCAGAAUAGUAGUAGCAGACAGUAAAAUACAUAUAAUGGGAUCUUACCAAAAUAUUCGAGCUGCCAGAACAGCAUUGUGCAAUCUCAUUUUAGGAAGUGCUCCGUCAAAGGUGUAUGGAAAUUUACGUCAUGUUGCAAAUCGUUUGGCUGAGUCAUUGUAAUAAUAUAAAUAAAAUUUGAAAAUUUCUUUGUUUUA